UCUGCGGGGAAAAGACGAAGCAUCUUGUCGAUCAGCGUCCCAUUUACGAAAUCCAGUCGCUUCUUCUGCAGCUUCUUUGCAUUCGCUUGCUCUCGACUAUAGUUUGCAUCUUCUUCCGCCAUCUUAUCCCCCUCCACGUUCUGCGGAAGAAGGAGUCAACAGUCUCUCACCGUUCUCUCGGAGACCCGAAGCCAACCGUGUUGCCCUGUUGGUUUCGCGUUCACGUUCACUCGAGCUGCGUCUCUUAUCGAUUCUAAGACAUACACGGAUUAGACAUUCAAAGACACCAUGUCUGUGCGUGCACCGUUCGUUGUGCCUGCGCUGAAGAAGCAUACGGCCACCGUGAUCAUGGCGCAUGGUCUGGGUGAUAGUGGUGCAGGAUGGAUGUCUUUGGCGCAGAACUGGCGCCGACGGGGCAAGUUUGACGAAGUUUCGUUCAUUUUCCCCAAUGCGCCUGUCAUCCCCAUCACAGUGAACUUUGGCAUGUCCAUGCCCGGUUGGUAUGAUAUUGCGAAACUGGGCAAAGACAUGGACUAUGAAGAGUUCCUCAGCAAGCAAGACGAACCAGGUAUCCUGCGCUCGCGCGACUAUUUCAACACGUUGAUCAAGGGAGAGAUAGAGAAGGGCAUCAAGCCCUCGCGAAUUGUUCUCGGCGGCUUUUCUCAGGGUGGUGCCAUGUCGCUUUUCACAGGCAUCACAGGAGAGCAGAAACUAGGAGGCGUUUUUGGUCUCUCAUGCUACCUCUUGCUCAGCGACCGCAUCAAGAAGUAUAUCCCGGAGAACUUCCCCAACAAGGACACCCCGUUCUUCAUGGCACAUGGCAAGGAGGACGAAGUAGUGAAAUACAAUUAUGGCGUUAUGAGCAAGGACGCCUUGGUGGACAUGGGUAUCAAUGUCGAGUUCCACGACUACGAGGACCUUGGCCACUCCGCAGACCCAGAUGAGAUCGAAGCCCUGGAGCGUUUCCUGCACAAGACGCUGCCGGCCGAGGGUGACGGACAAACUUCCGCUGGCUUGUGACUGGAUGGUCCUCACGCCGAGGCAGCGGAGUCUAGCAUAGGUUCGAAUGCGACAUACACGUUCGCUAUCGGACUUAUUGUCUUGCUGGUAGCGGCUCUACUCGUGAGAGUCCGAGGUGGGCACCGCGACCAGCACGAAACCAAAUAACCCACAUCUCAUCAACGUAUUCCAUCGUAUCUUUCCUCUUUACAGUCCGCAGCGAGACUUUUGAACAGUUUACCUUUGUCAUAUAUACACUCGGAACUGGACAGAUAGACACUAAUAGCCAAUACUGCAAUCGCAUUGUAACUAUUCUAAACCAUAUACAUCCAGGAAGUUUACCUUCGCAUACUUGGGAAAUACACAACAAGACUAAACGCG